AGUCGUACCAAUAUUUAAUAAAAUUUAUGAAAAUAAUGUCUACACUCUACAUUAAUAUAAAGUUCAUUGGAUAUUGCUAUUUUUUAUGUAUUGAUAUCAAGCUCUCUUAUAAUUAAAUGACAAUAACAGGUGUUAAGGUGUGACGGAAAAUCAUUCAUUCAUCAGUCUAUGAAAUAGUCGGUGCCCCAUCUAUUUAAAUUGGUUUUAUUGCGUUAAUUGUUUUUCAAACUAUUUCUAUUAUGACAUCUAGACUCUAGAGUGGAUUAACGGCAAACUCAUGUAACUAGUGUAUGUUUUAAAGUUGAGUCUAAGGGGUAGCAGGCUGUGGUGAAGAUGCCGAUGAGCGCAGAUGAGGUUUCGGAAACGUUCCCUAUACAUUGGCUUGUGUGGAACAAUAAUUACGAAGAGCUACGUGUUGCUUUAAACAAUAAAAAGUGGAGCUCCGAGGAACUAGAGACUCGUGACCCACGUGGACGAACACCGCUUCUAUUGGCUGUGACUUUGGGUUAUAAUGAAUGUGUGCGUGCACUACUUGAUGCUGGUGUUAAUGUGUGUUGUGAGCGGGAUGGAUGGACAGCAGUGCAAGAAGCAACUGCGAGAGGUCAUUGUGGAUUAUUAGCAGCAGUCCUUGCCAGGAGAGACCAUGCUAGACAUGCUGCCCGUGUUGCUGCAUUACCAGCACUGUUGAGACGACUUAGCCUGGCACCAGACUUCUAUGUUGAGAUGAAGUGGGAAUUUACUUCGUGGAUUCCACUGGUCUCCCGGAUCUGUCCAUUUGACACAUAUCGUGUAUACAAACGAGGGGCAAACGUGCGAGUCGACACAACGCUACUCGGUUUCCAUGACAACCAGUGGGAGCGCGGCGACCGGACUUACAUCUUCUCAGGACAGGGUGACUCAGCAAAAUUACUAGAGCUGGACCACAUAGCCGGAACCGUAUGGACUGAAAGGGUAGAAGGAAGCGUCUCUGCCGAUGAAUGGCCACUCCCACAAGCUUCCCAUCUGAGUCAUCGUCUGCGCACACCUGUCCACAUAAACUACCUCGAUACAGAUAAGAUCUGCUUUGAGCGCAGCAAAAGUGGGAUCUGGGGCUGGCGUCAGGACAAAAUGGAAAAUGUCAACGGGUAUGAGUGCAAGGUAUUUAGCGCGAAUAAUGUGGAGAUUGUCUCGAAGACACGGUGGGAACACGUGCCCCGUUCUGAGAGGAGGACUGUGCGUGCACCGCCGUUAGCAGGGCUCCUUGCCGCCGCCGAUGAUGAUGGGGCCCCUCCGCCGCCGCCACCAGAUAGAGAAGAUGUCGCAGAUAUGCCCGACUUAAAUCCAUCUUGGGAGCAAUACUUCGAUGAGAGUGUGGAGGAAUGUGAAAUUGGUCGGCCGCGAGAAAUCACUUCAAAAGUGAAAAAGUUCCGAGCUACGUUAUGGCUUUGCGAAGACUACCCCUUAGAGUUGCAGGAACAAAUAAUGCCGAUCCUUGACCUCAUGGCAUCGAUAUCUUCCCCGCACUUCGUGAAGCUAAAAGACUUCAUACAGUUACAACUUCCAUCGGGCUUUCCGGUUAAAAUCGAAAUACCAAUCUUCCACGUGAUCAAUGCAAGAAUUAGUUUUGGAAAUAUAUUUGCACGCGACACGAGCGUGCGAUACGUUGAGUGCGUGCCCGAAGGGGAUAGGUUGACAUGUCUCAUAGAUGACACUUGCUUCGCCAUAGGAAGAGGCUACCGGGAAGCUGGGCCCGUAUCAGAGGACAGGAUCGCCAGCAUCGCUGAUGAUGACGAGGAAUUGCUGAAUUACGCCAUACAGCAAAGUCUAAUGGAAGCAGGAACGCAAAGAGACCAGGUAGAUGUGUGGGAAGCCCUCCGAGGAGCUCGCCCUGCCACGCCCACUCCACCUGCCCUCGUUUCCACAGUCAAUGUGGAUGAAGACCUGGAGCAGACUAUGCUGCAAAGAGCUAUUGCGGAGUCGUUGCGGAGCGCAGCGGGGGCAGAUGAGGAGCAAAAAGAGGAGAGUCCGGAAGAGGAAACUGUGGAAGGGGAUGACGAGCUUAAAGCGGCUCUAGCGCUGUCAGCAGCGGAACAUGAAGCGCGACGAGCGCAAAUAAGGGACGAACAGAAGGCUUUAGACGAAGUGUUACGAUUAUCGAUGAACGAUAAAUAGCGCCGGAAAUUCAAGCUGUCGCGGCGGUAAAGAACAUCGUCUGAAGCUAUGAAUCAAACGGUCAGUAUUCCAAUAAAUAUCUCAUUUUGAGUAUUUGACUUACAUAUUUUACAAUUAUUUUUUACUACAUUUUGACAGAGAUAGUUUCACGUGAAGCGGAUUUUUUUUAUUUUGCUCAUAAUAAUGUUUCAUAGUCCUAAUAUAUCAACGUAAUUAGAACAUUGGUCGAAACUAACUUACUAUCUUUGAUUUAUCAAUGUGCGGAACUGUGCCUGUGACGUCAUUGGACCGUUACCAUUAGUUAGCAAAAGCUACUAAAUACUAUGUUUUUAGUAUACUAUAAACUAAUUAACAACCGGCUCACCAGACUCAAUUCGAAGGUUUUGGAUUGUUUAAGAACAGUAUUAUCGUACUUAAGCUAGCCUAGUCUGGCCAAAAAUCAGGAGAUGGCAACACUAAUGAAGUGAUUCCCGUAAUAUAGAUAUUUUUUGUGGCGAGACUAGCAAAGUUUUCAAAAUUCCGCUAGAUCUGUUGCAAAGUUGUGAAGUUUCGACCAUUAACUAAUAGAGGCAUUAACAAAUACGUCCCCGGAAUAAAUAAUAAGUUAGAAAAAAAAAAU